AUGAGCAACAUGGACAGCAAGCACCGCGCGUCCACCCCGAGCGAGUCCUCUCGUGGGAACGUAGUCGACCAUGACGCUCCCAAUGACGACUCUCCGCUCCGCACCGGCCCCAGCCACGCCGCCGGCAUGAAGCCCAACGGCGAGCAUGUCAUCAAGGUCCAGCCGCUCAAGCGAAGCGAGAUGCAGCCAUCGUACGCGCAGGAUCUUGGUACUAGCGAGGUCACCCAUGGAAUCUACGGUUCCCUGCUCCAGUCGCUCGGCUCGUGCAUCGGCGUGUUUGGCGCCAUCCCGUGUUGCCCAUGCCCGAACCCGUUCAGGGAGGUCUACCAAGGCUCGGUCGGCCUCGUCUCUCGCUUCGGCCAGUUCUACAAGUCUGUCGACCCCGGUCUCGUCCAGGUCAACGUCUGCACCGAGUCCCUCCGCAUCGUCGACGUCAAGAUCCAGAUCAGUCCCAUUGGUCGCCAGAAGGUCAUCACGCGCGACAACGUCGACGUCGAGAUUGACUCGGUGAUCUACUUCCAGAUCACGAGCCCGUACCGUGCUGCGUUCGGGAUCUCCGACCUCCGCCAGGCGCUCAUCGAGCGUGCGCAGACCACGCUCCGGCACGUCGUCGGCGCGCGCAUGGUGCAGUCCGUCGUGACCGAGCGCGAGGCAAUGGCGUUCGAAAUCGCGGAGAUCGUCGGAGACGUCGCCGACAAGUGGGGCGUCGCGAUCGAGGGCAUCCUCAUCAAGGACAUCAUCUUCUCGCCCGAGGUCUCCGCCUCGCUCUCAUCCGCCGCGCAGCAGAAGCGGAUCGGCGAGUCCAAGGUCAUCGCCGCGCGCGCCGAGGUCGACGCGGCGCGGCUCAUGCGCCAGGCCGCCGACAUCCUCGCCAGCCCGGCGGCGAUGCAGAUCCGCCAGCUCGAGGCGCUCCAGGCGAUGGCCAAGACCGCGGGCAGCAAGGUCGUCUUCGUCCCCAUGCACCUCCAGAGCGACAUCAUCAGCCAGGUCUCUGGCGGCUCAGGCUCCCGCGCGAACUUCAUCGCGGAGGAGAGCGGGGAGGGCAUAAGCAGCUCCGUGAACCGCGCGGGGCUGCUGAGCAGUGUCGAGCACAUGUGA